AUGGCGACGCCGGGGCCCGGCGACUUAGCUGGGCUCAAACCGGGCUGCCCAGAGGUGAGCUCCGCAGACAUGGAGCAGAUCUGCGGGCUCUUGGAGGCAUCGCUGGUGCCGAAUGGUGAGCUCCAAAAAAAAGUCUUGAGCUCGAUGCAGCAGCUGGGAAAGCGGCCAGACUUCCUGGUGGCUUUGUCGAGGAUUUUCGUCGAGCUCGAAGCGAAGUCCAUCCACAUCCGGCAGAGCGCCGGCGUCCAUUUAAAGAAUUUUUUGAAGCAGAGCAGCGAAGUUUGCCUUGUUGAUGAAGCAACAGAGGCAUUCUUAUGCAUGCAGGUCAUGAAGGCUCUGAGCCAUCCGGCCAAAAUCCUACGUCACACCGCAGGAAGCGUGCUGGCUUCCUUGCUCAGGCGACGAUUGGACCUGGGAGUCAUCGAUAAGCUCUGGCAGCAGCUGUACGUCGACAAUGCAGAUGUGGUGGAGGGUAGCAUGUGGGCCUUGACCCUCACAUCCGAAGAUUUGCUGGGGCAGGGCGUGGAUGAAGCUUUCGUGAAGAUCGCUUGUGCCAAGAUCUUGCCGCGCACCAUAGAGCUCACAGACCAGAGACUCCCUUCUUGGCUGCGGAAGCAAUCCUCUGACUUGCUGAUGCAGUACCUCGUCCAGGGCGCCUUCGACCCGGAGAAGUGGCCUGCCGGAGAUCACAUCGGUAUGAUCCUUGGCUUCAUGCUCCGCGCUGGAGAGCAUGCCGACGAGGAUGUUCGCCGUGAAGCGUUGGCAGUUUGGAGAGUGGCUUCAGAGGCUUCAGCUCUGCAUCCACUCCUGGAGCAAAACCUGCCGGAACUGACCAAGGUCCUUCUGGCGAACUUGGUCUACAGCUCAGCAGACAUGAUGGCGAUGGACGUGGGCUCCUUGGACAACGACAAUGCCGACCGACCGGAUUCUUUGGAGGAGAUCCAGCCGCAAUUUCACAAGGAAGGCGGCUUUAGUGACAUGGACAAGGCUGAAAGGGCAGCUGCAGGCUCUACCUUUCUGAGCGAGGAGUGGACAGCACGCCGUGCAGCAGCCGAUGCGUUGGAUGCUCUGGCUGGCUAUGCGGGCACGCACCCGCAAGUGUGCUCCCGCAUGCUCCCAAUGAUUUCUGAGAAGCUUCAGUCCACUUGCUGGAAGCAACAAGAGGCUGGCAUCCAUGCCCUCGGUUGCAUCGGUGCCAGUUGCAUCCAGGUGACGCCCGAGCUCCUGGAUGGCAUGAUACGGCUCCUCCUCUCAAAGCUUACGGCAGAGCAGCCCCUUCUGCGCAGUGCCGCCUGUCUGAGCUUGACCCAGUUUCUGCCCGGCGUCAUCAUGCUAGUUAGCGGAUCAUUGCCCGUGGUGAUGUCUGCCAUCUUGGAACGUUGCCGGGACCGGAACAAGCACGUGCAAGCUGCAGCC